AUGAAGAUCUCCAAGGCCACGGCUCUCUCGCUUCUGCUUCAGGCAGCUUCGGCUCGUUUCACCAUCGAGAAUGAAGCUGAUAACGUUGUCCUGAACCCGAACGAGGUGGAUCAACAGACAUUCUUGAUUGAGCUCGCUCCUGGAGAUACCAGAUGGGUGACAGAAGAGGAGAAAUGGGAAUUAAAACGCGAUGGCAAGCGGUUCUUCGAUAUCACCGAGACGCAAGAUCUCGGCUCCUUGCGGGUCCAGACAAAGAGCUUUUUCCCGGAAAAGUGCGAGUACCAGGACACAGUCAGGCCCCUUCUCAAGGACCUGUCCAAGGACAACAUCCAACGCCGGCUCGAGAAGUUUACCAGCUUCCACACGCGCUACUACAAGUCGGACUACGGUCGCAAGUCAUCCGAGUGGCUCCUGUCGGAGAUCAACUCCAUCAUCAAAGAGACUGGCGCGGACGAAGCGGGUGUCUACGCUGAGCCCUUCGCGCACUCAUGGCCGCAGAGCUCCAUCAUUACCACUAUCCCGGGCAAAACCAACAGCACGGUCGUGAUCGGCGCGCACCAGGACUCGAUCAACCUCUUCCUGCCGAGCAUCCUGGGCGCGCCAGGGGCCGAUGAUGAUGGCAGCGGAUCCAUGACCAUUCUCGAAGUUUUCCGUGUCCUCCUGAGCAACGAGGAGGUGCUCAAGGGCGAGUCGGAGAACACGAUUGAGUUCCACUGGUACAGCGCCGAGGAGGGCGGCUUGCUCGGAAGCCAGGCCAUCUUCUCGCGGUACGAGCGGGACGGGAGGGAUGUCAAGGCUAUGCUUCAGCAGGAUAUGACGGGCUUCGUGCAGCGCACUCUCAAUGCUGGCGAGCCCGAGAGCGUCGGCGUCGUCACGGACUACGUUGACGCGGGCUUGACCGACUUUAUCAAGAAGGUUAUCGUUGAGUAUUGCGACAUCCCAUACGUCGAGACAAAGUGCGGUUACGCGUGCUCCGACCAUGCCUCAGCCAGCAAGGCCGGAUACCCUUCGGCGUUCGUCAUCGAGAGUGCAUUUGAGUACUCGGACAACCAUAUCCACACCACGGAGGACCUGAUCAAGUAUCUGUCGUUCGACCACAUGCUGGAGCAUGCCAAGAUGACUCUUGGUCUCGUCUACGAGCUUGGCUUCACCGACUUCGCCGCUCUAGAGACCGAGGCUGUCAUCUCCGAGGAGCUGUAA